GCUAGUAGCAGUAAUCAGCGACUCGUGUCCUGAGUUACAAUAUUCGUGAGUUCAAUCGAUGAUCCCACCCCACCCCAGUCGCCAACUCACUCGCCACCAAAUUUGAUGUGCAGCACGUACCAUGGCUCCUAGGGACCUCGAAGACGCAAUCGCUCAAUAUGUCUUCGAUGAAACCCCCAUUCACUUGAUCCAUGUUCCAGAGAUGAAGCUCGUUGAUCGCGGCGCCGUUUUGCGUCACUUCCUCGUUGCUGUACGAGACAUGACAGAAGAAGACAUCCAGGUGCAAUGCGCAGAGCUCCAUCUUUCGAGAGAAGAUGUGAUCGCCAAUGUCGUGCGGAAACGUGUGCGAUAUGCAAUUUUCUCUCACAGGUGGCUUGCAGAAGGGGAAGUGACUUAUCAAGAGAUGACGGGAGGCGUUGAGUCCCGCGGUCCUGGAUUCGAAAAGCUGCAGAGCUUUUGCGUAGCUGCAUCGAGAUAUGAGCUGGCUUUUGCUUGGUCAGAUACAUGCUGCAUCGACAAAACGAGUAGCUCUGAGCUCGACGAAUCACUCCGGUCCAUGUUUAAGUGGUACCGCAAUUCGUCGAUCUGCAUCGCAUAUCUUGCCCAAACCAUCAGAGUUGCUGAUCUGGGAAAGGAUCUGUGGUUCACGAGAGGCUGGACGCUACAAGAGCUUCUGGCCCCGAAGCGAUUGAAAUUCUUUGGAGCUGGAUGGUCACCGUUGACCAUGCAAGAUAACGACAAGGCUGAUUACCACGUCAUCAAGACGAUAGAAAGAGUUACGUCUAUCUCCAGCCGCGAGCUCAGCGACUUCAUCCCUGGCUCGCAUGAUGUCGCUAAACGCAUGACGUGGGCAGCGAACAGGAAGACUACGAAGGGAGAGGACAUGGCGUAUUCCCUCAUGGGAAUUUUUCAUGUCGUCCUGCCCAUUGCUUAUGGAGAAGGGUCAGAACGAGCUUUCUUCAGGCUUGUCGAAGCCAUCAUCCAGACAUCGGAUGAUCUGCGGAUUUUCAACUGGGCAGGUCGUCCCGCCGUCACGAAUCAUCCUUCCCGAGCUCUUCCCUCCUCGCCAAGAUGCUAUGUUGGGCAGCCGUACUGCCCGCCGAUUCGAAGAGCGUUUUCGCUAACGAACAGUGGGUUACGCAUCAAGCUAAUGAUCCUGCCCGCUGAGCUGACCUGGCCAUUCGGCAACAACACAUCCUCUCGUCAAGCCAGAUUUCACAGCGAAGUUGACGGCAUGGACAUAACGGAUGUUGAUGUAACAGGAAAUUUCCUGUCUUACGGCGAUCAUGUGCAGGAUGCUACCGCCGAUGUUGAUAGCAUUGUCUCAGACUAUGCUCUCGGGGUAUGGAACUAUCUGGAGACCCCAUCUGGAGAUGCAGAGCUUCCUCUCAAUUGCCUCGCCUUCAUACUGAUGCGAGCAGUGGAGCCGGUGCCUGUUAUGAGCAACAACCACCACUGGUCCAAGAAUCCGUGGCGUAAACAUUCGACUACAAGCUUCGUCGUGUUUCGAACCCAAUUCCCGCCCAAGUCCCCCGAAGCGCCCCUGCGUUUGAAACGAUUCGUCGAGCUUGUAUCGCUCUGAUUACUACUGCUCAGAUUAUAUCGUCUGGCAGCUCGUGGUGAGCUGCCAAUGUCUGAAGGAUUUAAUCGUCGCCUUGUUUCUUUGUCUUGACAUGAAAGUAGAGUACAUCAGUUGUCGAUAAUCUCAUCACCAUAGAGGUAUCUGAAAAUCAUAGACUCGAAGUUGAGUUGCUAGUUGGUAUUCAUUCAAU